GCUCUGUUGGAAGAGGAGAAAUUAAAAAAAAAAGGCUCUUAAUCUCAGAUUGCACUAGUUUGCUUUUUCCUUAUCAGUAAUUUUGGAGGCAAAGCCUAAAAGGCACAGCAGGCUCAGGCAGCGCAGCACUCUGUAGAAGCAGCAUCCUUGCUGCCAAAGGAGAAGGCUUCUCUUUGAACCCUUGGGGAUUUAGACAACUAAUUGGCUUUGCAAAUCUGACCUUGCUGCUUUGAAGGUCUGGUAUGGGCCUCAAAGAGCAGCUCAGUACAGUGAGAUUGCCAUCCCUCACCAAUAAAUCAGUGGCUUCUUGGGUGGGAUUACUAUAUUGUAAGUCACUUCCUACAGAGAUCCUGGCCAAGAGGGUCAACAAUGUAAAAUCUGUACCAAAAUUUUCUCUGUUGCUUUGCUCCUUCAGCGUGGGUGUACCCACCCAGGUAUCCCAGAUGUGGAAGCACCUGGGUGACCUGCAGGACUGAGGACAGGGUUAUAACUGCUUGCACAAGUUACUUGCUAUAACCAUAGUGUAUUUCACUUUUGCACUCCUGUAGGGCUUCAGUUCUCAAUCAGUAACAUGGGAGAUAUCUACUCAAUAUUGUGAACAAUUUGAGGACUGGAUCAUGUUCUGGCUCUUCGUACAGCAUCUGACACAAUGAAUUGCAUGACAGGGCUUUCUACACACAUACCAAUACAAAUAAACCAUCAGAAUAUAAAUUAUUAUAAAAGAAGAAACCCUCUCCCCUCUUUUCCUGUUCUGCUGGAGGGUAACGCUGUCCCUGGCAGGCAGAAAAGGCAGCCUGGCCCUUUAAGAGCAGCAGUUCCUGGUGCAACAACUCCUGGGAACUUCGGAGCAAAGCAGAAAAGAAGGUCCGAACCUUGCUGUGGGAGAGGCAAAAUGAACAUUCGAGAGUAUUUCGCAAGAAUUUCUUACAACGAGUCCCAUAAGGAUGCAGACUUGCAAACCUUAACGCUCAUCUUCCAGCACCACAUCCGGGCAAUUCCAUUUGAAAACCUCAGCAUGCAUUGCGGGGAGACCAUCAAACUCGAUUUACAGUCUGUUUACAAUAAGAUUGUGAGAAAGAAACGUGGUGGGUGGUGCCUGGAAACCAACUACCUUUUAUUUUGGGCCUUGCAAGAAUUAGGGUAUGAUGUCUGUAUUCUUGGAGGAAAGAGUUACGAACCAGCAGAGAAGACAUACAAAGCUGGGAUAAAUCACAUCCUCCUGAAGGUGGUGAUCAAGGGAAAUUCCUACAUAGCAGAUGCCGGGUUUGGUGGUCCUUACCAGGCAUGGCAGCCGCUGAUGUUGAUUUCCGGGAAGGAUCAACCCCAGAUCCCCGGCAUCUUCCGCUUCACGGAAGACAACGGCACCUGGUACUUCGAGAAAGUCAAAAGAAAGCAUUAUAUUCCUGAGCCAAGCGUCCCUCUCACUGAUACUCCAGAACUGGGGAAUAUCAGAAAAAUAUAUACGUUCACUCUCGAGCCACGAGAUAUAAAUGACUUUCAGGAGCUAAACACAUACCUACAAGUGACUCCAGAUAACUUACUUCAGAAGAAGUCAAUCUGCACUCUGCAGACCUCUGAAGGGCUUUACGCCUUAGUUGGAUGGACCUUCACUGAGACGAAGUAUAAGUACACGGAAGAUCUGGACCUGGUGCAGUUCACAACUCUUACAGAUGAAGAGGUUGAGAAGACACUGAAAGACAAAUUCAAUAUAGUGCUGGAGAACAAACUUGUACCAAUAAAUGUUCGCGGUUUGCCACCUAAUAUAGUGGAUAUGAUCUAGUUCUAACUCUGUGCUAGAUGGAUCUUUAAAUAUCCAAUAUAAAAAGUUCUAAAAUUAACAUUAAUAGCAUUAAUCAGAUUCUGAAGUUGAUCUAGUCAGAUGAACACAAAGCUUGGUAAACUCAAGUACAUUGCUAAUCAACUGCAUAUACCGACUGCAUAUUUUUUCUUAGGCGUCUCCUUCUUUAGAAGCGGAGACAUCUUACUCCCUCUAAUUUGCUCAUAUGGAAAUUGCUUUUUGACUCCAUAACAUUUUGUUCCACCUCUCUGGAUCUCAUUUUAUUUCAGAUAUAUUUUGUGGCAAAGGAGAACAAAACGAUACAGAAGGAGAAGCUGUGUUACCUUUUUACACAAAAGACCUCUAACCUUUUUGGUAUUAUUUCCAAUCUUUAUCUUAGCAGAGCUUUACAAAUUAUUCACUUCCUUUAACAGUCUGAAAUAGAAAGUUGAGCUGAAUUUGGCUUUCAAAGACUUCAUAAGAAAAAGAAAGGUUAAGACUUUCUCAAACCACUAUUAGGUGCUGAUUAGCACCUAAUAAGUUAAUAAUAAGAAAUAAGAAAUAAGAAAUAAGAAAUAAGAAAUAAGAAAUAAG